UGAGACAGUUCGCUUUGGUGGUACUGACGGAAAUGAGUAGUUUCUGCAUUUGUGAUCCGUGACUUUCUCCUUAGACUUUGCUUUGUGACUCGUGAGGUCGUCUCAGCUGCUUGUGGUUUUAAUUGGUAUAUUGUGAUCGAUGACAUAUUUGCCUAUAACCUGCAGUGUUGAAUGCAGGACAUUAGAAUUCUACUGAGUCCAGAAAGUUUAUUUCAAAGGCUUCAGUUAACUGCUCAUUGCACGAGCGAAAUUCUGAUGACGUUGAACCUAAAGAAACAGUUUAACUGAAUUCACCAUUAGUAGUAAGUAGCAGCCUACCCGUAAGAUGUUGCUGGUUAUGGGUACAAAAUUCGGCCAAAAGUAAGUGGGGAUAAGAAGCAGAAGAAGAAGAAGAAGAAGAAACGAAUGAAUAGAGCUUUGGCAUCGAAGAACUGCGUGACGUUCCAAUAAGACUGAAAGAAGAAGAAGAAGACGCGAAACAAAAGAGAAAAAAAGUGCUAAGGGUCACAAGAGGACUCAGGAACGGCAUAAUAGAAUUAAUAUCUUUCAUUAUAAUAGAAUCAGUAUCUUUCAUUACAUCAUGUCGAUGAACGUCGCUGAUAGCACGGACUUGAUACACGGAGGUCUCAUUUGCAGGGGUGGAAGCCUGGGGAAUUUCUGGCGCUCCAGGACCGACUUCGAACAGAAACUGCUGGUGGCUAUGGGCAUCAUGUCCCUUGUGAUCAUCGCCAUGACGGUUGCUGUCAUCGUCUUAGCUGUGGAAAAUGGCAAGAACAACCCUGGUGGCCCGACAGUCAAAAUUAACCGUCAGCUACCCGACAUAAAGUCCACAUCAGGUGCCAAAGAGGUUUCAGUGACUACCCCCGAAGAGGCCGCCUUGUAUGAAAUAGGGGAAACAGCACCACCUAGCGGAAUGCCACCAUCAGCUCCUUCACGCUACGAGGAUACGUCCGUGUCACAGAUGACGCUGCAGUCAGAGGACUCGCAGUUGCAGCAGGAAGCACUAUCGAGUCCUUCCUUUUCCAGUGAGGAGUAUCAAGAUGGUCACGUAACUGAUGAACGUUCGUCUCCAAAUCAGUCCUAUGUUACAGAGCGGUUGCUUAUGUCUUUAUAGUUGUUAAGUCGUUGGUUAUAAUUAUGAUCGUGAGGUUAAGUAAUGUUCUCGAGUUAGGAUUUAUCCUUAUUUCCUUUGUCACUUAUACUUACACACACAAAGCAAACUUUAUAUAUAUAUAUAUAUAUAUAUAUAUAUAUAUAUAUAUAUAUAUAAUAUAUAUAUAUAUAUGUACGUCUAUAUAUAUAUAUAUAUAUAUAUAUAUAUAUAUAUAUAUAUAUACACGCAUUGGUAUUGAUAUGUCUACCACUGGGAGUAUGUUGUGUUGGUAGUACCAUCUCUAACGAACUUCAGUUUAAAACAGGAUUCCCUUCUCCGUCCUCCCACCACAAUAUGUUCAAACAUUGUUGGUUUUAAUGCAAAGCUAUUUUUGGUACCUAGAAUAAAGUUACGAGCCUUACGGCGAUCCAACCAAU